AUGGAGGACAACGCUGAGCUACAGUCGUUCCGACGCCAGUGGCGUGAGGAAGUCGCGCGCAAGUCAAAGCCUGGCCGUUCCGAACCAUCACAGGCCAAAUCUUCUAAACUUUCUGCGGCUCACCACCGACAGUUUCCCCCCACUCUGCAUGAAGCUUUUGGGCGCAACGAGGAAGAUGACGAAGUCACGGCGCCGCAAACUCAGGAUGCCAUAGUCCAAGAGCUUGGUCACCUGGCCCUUUCAAAACCUGACGAUGAAGACGCCUUUCAUUCACCAGCGCCUCGAGCGGAGCCCAAGUCGGCCCUGGAGCACUUUGAAAGAGCUGUUGAGAAGGAAGCAGAGGGAAACCUGGGAGACAGUUUGCAGCAUUAUCGCAAGGCAUAUCGGUUAGACGCCGCUGUCGACAAAGAGUACAGGAAUAAGCAUUUUGCUAGUGCUUGGAAAAAAGCGCCACAGAAUGCUGCUCCCAAGGACCCCGCCAGUGCUAUCUCUUCAGAUGAGGCCAUAUCGUUACCCACCGCCGAGCUCAUUGCUUCGUUUUCAAAUCUUCCUAUUUUACAGGCGGAGCCACUCGUUGAGGGCACGCCCCCUCCUCCAUGCCCGAUCGCGCACGUUCCCUCAGAGGUCAUCGUUGAAAUCCUAAAACAUGUAGCCUUGAUGGACCCUGCAUCAUUCUGCCGGAUGAGCCUGGUUUGUAAGCGGUUUGCAUAUCAUUUCUCGCACGAGCAGCACAUAUGGAAACGCCUCUGUCAGGGGGCAGAAUUUGGAUUUAAAGCGAUGCAGUAUUCGUUCGCUUGCGACAUUCACGGUCUCCCGGAAUAUACCUUGGCCCUCCGAUACACUCCAUUUCCAACUACCACCCCUGUUCAGAUUCCGGAAACUCUAUCCUCUUGGAGCGAGGUGUUUCAGACAUUUCCCCGGGUUCGCUUUACUGGAAUAUACAUCAGCACAGUCAACUAUACCCGUCCAGGUGCAACAUCAGGAUUCCAGAAUACUUCAUGGAAUAGCCCCAUUCAUAUAGUGACAUAUUAUCGAUAUAUCCGAUUUUACCCCGAUGGAACAGUCAUUUACCUACUGACCACAGAGGAGCCAGUUGACGUAGUUCCGCAUAUCAAUAAGGAAAACGUGAAAACAGCACGGGCAACAUCUCAUAAACAACAUCAACGAAAUCUCUCAGAUGUAGGAGCUUCGGUCAGCGGAGCUCCAGACCCAAUCCCCCAUGUUGUUAUGGGUGCACUGAAGCGUGCCCAAUGGGGCCGCUGGCGUCUGGCCAAACCCGAGACUGCUUCCGAUUCCGCGGACGAAUCCGAGCAGAUUGAGAGUAUAUCCGAUUAUUAUUCAUUCCCUACCAAGGACAAAGCUGCCGCGUCUCCAGACCCUCGAGACCUUGUGAUUGAAACCGAGGGAGUGGGAGGGCCAAAGUACAUCUAUGUUUUGCACCUUUCCCUUCGGUCAACAAAUAUUCGCGCCAACAACACUAAUCCAUCCCUUCCCAACCCGUCGCGAAAUACAAAGAUGGUUUGGAAAGGUUACUGGAGUUAUGAUAAACUCACCGACGACUGGGCAGAGUUUGGGCUCAAGAACGACCGCGCGUUCGUGUUCCGACGUGUCCGGGGUUGGGGUAUGAAAUAA